UUUACGAAACGCCACUGAAAUCAGCUGUUUCUAGAAUAGUCAAUCAUUUCGUCGUGCAGUGAAUUUAUUUCAGUUCAUUUUCCUAAAUUAGUGUAUUUGCAAGUGUAUUUUUUAAUUGUCACAAAGUGUAUAAUUCAAAAUGCAUUCAAGAUGCAAAAUAUAAUCUGGUAAAACUAACAUCACUUAAUACAUGUCAGGUUAGAAGAAUUAACCUCGCAACUAACUGAUCGAACUGUAUAAGUGUCAAAAUUGUCAGGUAUUUUGUGGUAUUUAAGAAAUUUAAAUAUUUUAACUGUGAUAAUGAAACGUAAAGCCGAAUCAAAUACGAGUAAAUCAGUGGAUUUAGAUAAAAGUCACUGGUCUGCUGGUUUACUUAAAUCAAUGAAAGAUCCUGAAUGUAUAGUCAAGGAAGAUGACAAAAUAAUUGUCAUUAAAGAUAAGUAUCCUAAAGCACAAUUUCACUAUUUGGUUUUACCAAAAGAGGAUAUUUCAUCCAUAUGGCAAGUGAAAAGGAAUCAUCAAGAUUUGCUAAUGCAUAUGCAUAAUAUUGCUCGUGAUCUUGUAGAAAAACAAACAGAUCAUGAAUUCAUCAUAGGUUAUCAUGCGAUGCCAAGUAUGCAAAGGCUGCAUUUACAUGUAAUAAGCACGGAUUUCAAUAGUCCUUGUCUUAAAACGAAGUAUCAUUGGAAUUCGUUUACGACACCGUUCUUUUUACAUUCUUCAGAUGUGUCCCGACAAUUACACGAAGAAGGCGAAAUCAAAAAAGUUUCUCCUGAAAGAUGCAAAGAAUACUUAAAUACGCAAUUAAAAUGUCAUAAAUGCACACUACAACCGAAAAAUAUGCCAGCUUUGAAGAGACAUAUAUUAACACACAUUGAUAAACAAAAGCAAUAAAAACACUGAAUAUAUA